AAUCAAUCAUUCUUAAAAGCAUAUGCACAAUAAGACCACUCUUCUGAGUGAAGGAUCUUCUUCUAAUGUAUUCCUUACUGAAGAUCCCAAUUAUGUAAUCAAAGAAUAUAAAUCAUUCUACUCAAUCUAGUCAAGAAUGAAAGAAGUUCAAAUUUUAGAACUUCUCAAAAGUAAUCACAUUGUUAAACUCAUUGCAAAUACAGAAAACUAUUUAGUUUUGGAAAGACUUUAAACGCAUGAUUUGUUUGAAGUAGUAAAAACACAAAAACUAAACACACAAAUUAUUAAAGAAAUAUCAAAGACUUUAAUCAAAAUCAUUAAUUAUGUCCAUCUAAACCAAGUUGUUCAUAGAGACAUCAAAUUAGAAAAUAUUUUAAUAGACAAAGAAGGAGCACUAGUUUUAUGUGAUUUUGGUUUUGCAGAACUGCUAAGCAAUUGCACAGCAAAAAGAACUGUUGGCACUCUUAGUUAUAUGCCUCCUGAAUUACACUAAGAAACCUUAUUAGGAGGACAUAAUAGUGAGAAUAUCAAUACUCAAGUACUAAUUAAGAGUGAUGUGUUUUCAUUAGGAGUUACCUUAUUUUAGUUAAUUUUAGGUUUUAUGCCCUUUAAAUGUACGAAACCUAGUUCGAAUUGCAAAUUGUGGAAAUUAAUUUAACAAAAAAAAUGGUAAUAAUAUUGGGCACUUGUUUAAAAAUUAUCAAAAUAAUAAAUAGAUUUAAUCACUUAAGAUUUUUUAGAACAAUUUCUAUAACCAGAUUCAACUACCCGAACUACUUUAGACAUUAUUUAUAAUCAUCCAUAUCUUCAAGAAGUAAAGGAUGAUGCCCAUUUAAUUUGAUAAAUUAU